AAGUUAACAAAAAAAAAAAGUAAUUUUGAGAGAGAGAGAGAUAGGGGACUAAUCCCAAUACCUAAAGCAAACAUUUGAUUCAUUCAUCUUCUUCAACAACAAAACUUCCUCUGUUUUUCCUUUGUAAACACCUCCCCUGUUUUCUCUUAAUCUACAUUCGACAAGACAACUCAUGGGAUUUUCCAGUAAACCUCACCACCAGCUCGACGGCGAGAUACGAGAAAUCACCGACGGUAAAAAAUGGGUCAUCGCCGGACUUCCUCCACGUUCGCCGCUCAAGCCGAUUAACCUAUCAUCCGGGGUCAUAAUCACCGAAACAGAGGAUCAAGACCAAUGUCCGACAACUCCCACCGCGGUUUCCGUCAGAAUUCCAAGGGUCCCUCCGUGUCCAGCCGCACCGAAGAAGCGGAAGCCGUCGUCGAAGUGCAGCUACGGUGCCGGCGGUAGAGAUUUCUUCUCUCCGCCGGACCUCGAAACCGUUUUUAUUCAGAGAGCUAUUUAACUCUGUUUUUACAACUCUUCGCUCUCUCUUCUCUUUCUAAAGUUUUUAGGGUUUUUAAUUUCUUCGUUUCGUUUUAAGCUUUCGGUUCUGGUUUAGUCUUAGAUUUCAGAACUUUUACUGUAUCUGUUUCUCAAUUCUACUGAUGGUAGGAGUUAGGACACUAAUUACGUGAAGUAUUUCAUGAUUAUGUACAUUUAUGUAAUCACCAUGUUUCCGGUAGAGUUGAUAAAUAUU